GCUUGGAGUGCCUGAGGAGAGGUGGGGGGGAAGAGAAGCGUCCACCGGCCAGGGUAAUUUUGGGGGGCCACCGCCAUGGGAUGUACACUGAGCGCGGAGGAGAGAGCCGCCUUGGAGAGGAGCAAAGCGAUCGAGAAGAACCUGAAGGAAGAUGGCAUCAGCGCGGCCAAAGACGUGAAGCUGCUCUUGCUAGGGGCUGGGGAAUCCGGGAAAAGCACCAUUGUGAAGCAGAUGAAGAUCAUCCAUGAAGAUGGCUUCUCUGGAGAAGACGUGAAGCAGUACAAGCCCGUGGUCUAUAGCAACACCAUUCAGUCUCUGGCAGCCAUUGUUCGUGCAAUGGACACCCUGGGCAUUGAGUACGGAGACAAGGAGAGAAGGGCUGAUGCGAAGAUGGUCUGCGAUGUCGUCAGUCGGAUGGAGGACACGGAGCCCUUCUCACCGGAGCUGCUUUCGGCGAUGAUGAGGCUUUGGGCAGACUCUGGCAUCCAAGAAUGCUUCAACCGGUCCCGAGAAUAUCAACUCAACGACUCUGCUCAGUACUACUUAGACAGCUUAGAUCGAAUUGGAGCUCCUGACUACCAGCCCACAGAGCAAGAUAUCCUUCGAACCAGGGUCAAAACAACUGGCAUUGUAGAAACCCAUUUCACGUUCAAAAACCUCCACUUCAGGCUGUUUGACGUCGGAGGUCAGAGGUCAGAACGUAAGAAAUGGAUCCACUGUUUUGAGGAUGUCACCGCGAUUAUUUUCUGUGUCGCACUGAGUGGGUAUGACCAGGUGCUUCAUGAAGACGAAACCACGAACCGCAUGCAUGAGUCUCUAAUGCUCUUCGACUCCAUCUGUAACAACAAAUUCUUCAUCGAUACCUCCAUCAUUCUCUUCCUCAACAAGAAAGACCUGUUCAGUGAGAAGAUCAAGAAAUCACCUCUGACUAUCUGCUUCCCUGAAUAUACAGGUCCCAACACGUACGAGGAUGCGGCAGCCUACAUCCAAGCACAAUUUGAGAGUAAAAACCGUUCGCCAAACAAGGAGAUUUACUGUCACAUGACUUGUGCGACGGACACGAACAACAUCCAGGUGGUAUUCGACGCCGUCACUGACAUCAUCAUUGCCAACAACCUUCGAGGCUGCGGCUUAUACUGACCCCCCCUUUCCCCCUCCCGUUCUGUAUAGCAAGCAACUUAUUUGGAAACAAUCACACCGAGAGGAAAAUAAAAUAAAAUAUUUGAAAAAAAAGGCAAAAACAAAAUAUGAGUCUCUCACACAUGCACACAAACACA